GGGAACUCCGAUUUCGAGAUCGUCUUGUACUAGGUCGUCCAAAAUUAUCCAAUUUUUACAAUUAUUUCACGUUAGUCGGUUGGCUCGUCUAGUUACAUAGUUAUUACGCAUAAAAUGAAACAAUUACGUUCCAAAUCAGGGACGUAUCGUGUUUUCGUUACCCCUUAGAGCGUGGCUUUUGUAGUAAGGCCCCAAAACGUUUUAUUCGGAAUUAUUAUAGUUAUUUAUACGUGAUAUUUAAAACGUAGUCGGUCUAAAAAAAGAACCACAUCCAAUUUUAAAGGUCGACUUUGCGAGGUUUCGAGGCGCGCUCAAUUGUCAACACGUUUUUGUUCUCUCUCCGACUUUCGCGCGAUUUUUUUCAGUAUUCGUGUGUGUGUGAAAAAAAAACAUCGACAUCUCCCUCCGGAAUAUGCGAAACGAUAAAGGGAAAUUCCGCGCGUUUUUACGAGAAUCCGGCGCGGUAAACUCGCCUCCCGGCUUUCAAUUCCUUGGGCCGCCGCGUAUCGCACGUCACGUGACCACCGUUAUUUAAGCUACGAUGCCCGCGAAAGCUUUCCAGUUUGAAACUGCCCGUAUAGAUCGUUUAAUGCUGGUGUUAUCUCUGGUUAACUAACGACGAGUUUUUUGUUUGCGAGAUACGCCGCAAUGACGAAACUGCACAGCGUAAAGUUGGCCAUCCCCCUGCUGGGGGUGAUGCUGUGGGUGUUGUCGAUCCACGCGGGAAUCUUCUCCGACGCCACCCUUAUUUUGGCCCCCCCGAGUUCAGGUGGCCGCUGCGAUUACGAACACGUCGACAUCUUCGAUGCGAUCCGUGACGACGACCUCAACCGGUCGGUCAGUUUCGCGGAUCGCGUGGUGGGUUCCAUGAAGCGCCUGGAGGACAACUUGCUGUGGUCCAGCAUAACGGUGCACGACGGAACCCCGUCCCACGGCAUGUUGAUAUCCUUCGGGCCGGAGCGCGAGGCGGCGGACGAAUCGAAACACGGCGUGACCGCGCUGCGGGCCACCAAUCAACUAAUGAACGAAUUUUGCGGCAGGCUGCCGAAAGAGGACGGUGAGGCGGUGAGCCAACGUCAAUGCGCGCGACUCAUGGGCAGGUUCAGUUUCCGAGACACUCCCCUGGCCGGGGCCUGCGGGUCCCCGAUCACCUGCCCGCCCGACGCUCCGUAUCGAUCAAUCAACGGUAGCUGUAACAACCCGGCGCUACCUCGCCGAGGCGAAUCCUUCACCGGCUACUCGAGACUCCUGUACGCCGACUAUUCGGAUGGUGUCCACCAGCUGCGACGCUCGGUCUACCGGAAGCCGCUGCCCAACGCUCGGAAGAUAGUCAACGGGCUGACCGCGGAUCACGAGCAGGUGCCCGCGGAGAAGGCCACCUUGGCACUGAUGCAGUGGGCUCAGUUUUUGGAGCACGAUCUCAGCAGAUCAGCGACUGCGGUCGGAAUCCACACGGACAACCCGAUCGAGUGCUGCAGCCAGGAGGGCGGCAAUCUGUCGCCGCGCUACGUCCACCCCUUCUGCUCGCCCAUCCACGUCGGUUUCGACCGCGCGUACGCCGACAAGGGCGUCGACUGCUUGAACUUUGUGCGAUCGAUCCCUGCCAUAAGGGCGGACUGCACCUUCGGCGCCGCCGACCAGGUGAACCAAGCGACCCACUACCUGGACGGUUCGCAGAUUUACGGCUCGUCCGAACGCAAAUCCGCGUCGCUGAGGACGUUCGCCGGCGGCAAGUUGCGUACCUCUAAAUACGGCGGCCGUACGCUGUUGCCGCUGUCCGCGCAGCCCACGCACGAUUGCCAGAUUUUCUCCAAGAGUUCGCCGUGCUACGAGUCGGGCGAUCCGCGGGUCAACUUCCAGCCGCAGCUCGCGCUGAUGCACACCCUGUGGUACCGGGAGCACAACCGCGUCGCCGACGAGCUCGCCGCGCUUAACGCUCACUGGAACGACGAGACCUUGUUCCAGGAGGCGCGGCGCGUCGUCGUCGCCGAGAUGCAGCGCAUCACGUACGCCGAGUGGCUGCCCGCGCUCUUGGGCUCCGAGGCGAGCGCGAGGAUCGCGAAUUCUGCCGGCUACGACGCCGCCGUCGACGGCUCUGUGUCGAACGCCUUCGCCACGGCGGUGAUGCGUUCCAUGAAGUCGCUGUCGGACGGCGCGCCGAAAUUCUACGGCGAAGACCGCGAGGCCAACGAGUCAAUCUUCAUCCGCAACUACUUCCACAACCCGUCGGUGUUGCGACAGGAGGGCGUGCUGGACGCUUUGGCCCGCGGCCUCGCCACCCAGAAGAGCCAAAAGCUGGACGUCUACUUCGCCGAGGACUUGAUCAACCAGCUGUACAGCAACGGGCGCUACGGCUUCGACGUGCUCAGUUUUGACGUGGAGCGGGGCCGCGACCACGGUCUGCCCGGCUACGCCGCCUACCGGAGGCUUUGCGGACUGCGCAAGGUUCGACGUUUCGCGGACUUUGCCGACUCCGUGCCGCAGGACCACAUCGAGCUGUUGUCGCGGAUCUAUGCGAGUCCGCACGACGUCGACUUGUUAAUCGGCGGCCUCCUCGAGACGCCGGAGCCGUCCUCGCUGCUGGGUCCCACUUUUGCGUGCAUCCUGUCCGACCAAUUGGCGCGCACUCGCCGUGCCGACCGCUACUUUUACGCGAACUCCGCCCAACCGAAGCCCUUCUCGCAAGAGCAGCUCGCCCAGCUGGAGAAGGUGUCGUUCGCUAGGAUUUUAUGCGACAACGGCGACGACAUCCGGCGCAUGCAGCCCGACGCCUUCGAAACGAUCGGCGAGAGCAACUCUUUGGCGGCGUGCGACGACCCGGAGGCGAUCCCGAGGCCGCGCCUCAGUCCGUGGAUCGACUACGUUCCGAUUUCCGUGAACGUUUGAAGCCCCGCCCCCGCCGUAGACUGACUGACCGAAGGCUGUUUGCUAGCUUAUAAGUUAGGUUAAGUUCUCCGCGGACAGUAUUCGCGCUACCCGGCGGCCCGUCCGUUUAAUUUAAGCUACGUUAGCUUGUUCGUACUUAUUUUGAAAUUUGUACGUAACCAUUGUUUGUUUUUAUUAAAUAAAUAUAUCCGUUUUGAA